AUGACAGAAUUCCCUGACCUGACCUCCUUUUUUGCCUUCGCCAAGCUGGCUGAAGAUGUGCUCCCGGACUACUAUGCGAUCCUCUCCGUCUCGCCCAGUGCUUCCCCCGCCGAGAUAAAGCAAGCCUAUCAUCAAGCCUUGCUCAUCUGCCACCCAGACAAGCAGCACAUCCUGCGGGGGACUAGACCUCCGGAGGAUAGCAGCGGUGUCGACAUCGCCCUGCUGAAGCGAGCAUACCAAGUCCUCGCUUCUCCCGCCGACAGAGCUGCAUACGAUGCCUCUCGCACGGAAGCGAAUACAAAGAGGGGACCCCGUCCUGCGCAAGUCAUCUCGUUGGAAGAUUUUGAAGAGGGUGAGGACGAUGCCGGACAGACGGUGUGGACAUACAAUUGUCGUUGCGGCGGGGGAUAUAUCGUGUCUGAGAAAAUGCUGGAGGAUGGUCAGCAUCUCAUCGGCUGCAACAGUUGCUCGGAGGUCGUUUGGGUUGGUUACGAAGUGGCAGAAGACGGAUAG